AUGUGGUCAACAGAGGAUUUGAGUAACAGACAACCUUUUGAAAUUGAAGAUGGUGGGUUUGGAUGUGGAAAAGUUGUUAUGACACAAAUGACGAGAGAUAUCGAGAGACCAUCUAAUGUGAAAGAUAAUCUUUAUGCAACUACUGAGGAAUAUAAAGAGAAUUUUGAUAAGAUGUUCAAUAAAGUUUCAGCCAGAAAGGAGGACAUCUAUUGA